CAAGACGAUGGAAUGGCUGUCCAAUGCAGCGAGCAAUCACAAGCUGCAUCUCGCCUUGACAGCUAUUGCAUCAGGUGCCAUUGCUGUGACAGCGGUCAUUGGACUACAAGAAGCCAAGCGAAGAUACACUGUGCACGAUCUUAAGGACUCGAUCCCGGAGCUGACAUCGCCUCAUGAUGUUGGACGAAUAAAUGAGAUUGGCGGAGCGCAUCCGGAGAUCACGACGGAAGAUAGAGACGAUGAAAAAAGCAUUGCAUUAGCACGUCGAGCCAGGCUGGGCGAUUAUGAUGAAGAUCUAAUACUAGAGCAACUCGCACGGAACCGCGUAUUCCUCACAGACGACGGCCUCGCGAAGUUGCGGAAAGCAUUCGUGAUUGUCGUCGGAUGCGGUGGUGUCGGGUCACAUGCGACUGCAGCACUUGCACGUUCCGGAUGCGGAAAAUUGCGACUCAUAGAUUUCGAUCAAGUCACUCUGAGCUCACUGAACAGGCACGCCGUUGCAACACUUGCAGACGUCGGCACUCCAAAAGUCAAGUGCUUGCAGAAACGCUUAGAGCAGAUCGUGCCAUGGACGCACUUCGAUUCACGCAACGAGCUCUUCAGUGAGACCGCUGCCAGCAAGCAAUUAGAGCCUUGGGGCGGCGAUGGACAAACGCCGACGUUUGUGAUCGAUGCAAUCGACAAUAUCGACUCGAAAGUUGCACUGCUCCACUACUGCCACAGCAAUGGCCUUCCAGUGAUCUCAUCCAUGGGCGCUGGAUGCAAAUCAGACCCGACAAGAGUGUUCAUAGGAGACAUCUCCGCCUCCACAGACGAUCCACUUUCAAGAAGCACACGGAGAAAGCUGCGCAUGAGGGGUGUCAAGGAUCGCAUUCCAGUCGUAUACUCAUCUGAGAAGACGGGACCUGGAAAAGCUCAACUUCUGCCUCUCCCAGAAGAGGAGUUUCAGAAGGGUUCAGUCGGUGAGCUUGGAGUGUUACCCGACUUUCGCGUUCGAAUUCUACCCGUUCUCGGCACAAUGCCUGCUGUGUUCGGCUUAUGCGUUGCCAACCACAUCAUGCUGGAAAUCUCAGGCUACCCACACGCCUAUCUGCCCAGCAAAGCGCGGGAGAAGAUGUACGAAGGGAUCCUAGGACAAGUCCAAGGCCUUGAGGAAAGGGUGGCCAGACAUCAAGGAUUGGAUCCUGUUGGUCUACGUCUGCCGCUCACGAAUGAUGAUGUCGGGUAUUUGAUUGAAGAAGUUUAUCGUGGCCGAAGCGUGGUGUCUGGACUCGCUGCAAGACUAGCUUUGACGAGAUGGCGCAGACCGGAGGGUGAAUGGAUCGAUGUGAGCACACCAGGCCAGAAAGCGGAUCAGCUGGAAUUCGAUGAUUUGGUAUGCAUGACCAAGGAUGAGAUGCUCAAACAUGAGCAGCUGGUGCUGAAGGAGGGCAAGAAAGUUGAGGAGCUUUAUGAUAAAGCGGUCAUCGAGUUGGUAGAGAGGCGGAGAGCUGAGGAACGAGGGUAUAGAAUGCAGCGGUAG